AUGCCACUAGGAGAUACUCCACUCAUUCUAGGUCUCUCUUGGCUAAGAGAAGCCAACCCUACCAUCUGCUGGAGGGAUUUCUCAUUAAGCUACCAGGAUGAGGAACCUAUGAAAGGAAAACUGGCAGAGAUAGAGGAACUCCCUUCUGAGAUAGAAGACUUCCAAGAUGUAUUCUCUGAAGAGCUCUUUAAACAACUACCUCAACACAGAUCCUUUGAUUGCUCCAUUAACUUCAAGGAAGGGAGUGAACUUCCAAAACCUGCUAAAGCCUAUCCCAUGUCUCCAGCAGAGUCCAAAGCCAUGAAAGAAUAUAUGGAGAAGGAACUAUUGGAUGGGAAAAUUGAACCAAGUCACUCUCCUAUUGCUUCCCCAUGCUUCUUUGUGAGGAAAGCUGAUGGGGGACUGAGACUAGUAGUGGACUAUAGGAAGAUCAAUGGCAUCAUCAUCACAGAUCAAUUCCCCAUGCCCUUGCAGUCUGACCUUCUAGAAAAGGUCAAGGAUGCCAAGAUUUUCUCCAAACUUGAUCUGAAAUCAGGAUACAAUAACAUCAGAAUCAAGGCAGGGGAGGAAUGGAAAACUGCUUUCAGGACAAAGGAUGAUGAGAUACUGAUCUACUCUAGGAAUAGGGAAGAACACACCAAACAUCUCAGGGAAGUACUUAGAAGAAUCAGGGACAACAACCUGUACCUGAAACUUGCAAAGUGCCUAUUCUACACCACUGAAGUAACCUAUAUUGGCAUUGUGAUUACCCCAGAAGGUAUCUCCAUGGAGAAAGAAAAGAUCAAGGCAGUACAGGAAUGGAAGGAGCCUAAGACUGUCAAGCAACUGCAGUCUUUCAUAGGAUUUGCCAACUUCUACAGACGCUUUAUCAAGGACUUCAGCACUAUUGUAAAACCCCUAACUCUACUUACCAGGCAGGAAGUAAAGUGGAAGUGGGGUGAAGCUGAACAGCAAGCCUUUGAUAGAGUCAAGGAGGAAAUUGGAAAGGACCCAGUACUUAUUCACCCUGAUGCCCAGAAACCUUACUUCUUACAAACUGAUGCCUCUGGAGUAGCUAUGGGUGCUGUGCUUAGCCAAAGACACACUGAUGGCUACCUACACCCUAUUGCCUUCCUAUCCAAGAGCUUUGAUGAUCCCCAGACUAACUAUGACACACAUGACAAGGAGCUACUAGCCAUCAUUACUUCCCUGGAACAUUGGAGACUUUUCCUGGAAGGCACAACUGAGCCCAUCACUGUCAACACUGAUCACAAAAACCUGGAAUACUGGAAGACAGUCCACACCUUCAACAGGCAACAUGCAAGGUGGUACCAAAUCCUGGCACCCUUCAACUUCAACAUUGUCUACAGACCUGGAAAAAUAUCUGAGAAGCCUGAUGCCCUAUCAAGAAGACCUGAUCACUUGGACAUUCCUAACAAGGAACAGAUAAUGAUUGAUCCUAAACACUUCCUGGUAAUGAAGGCAGAGGUAACAACAGACAUUAUUUCUCAGAUCAGAGAGGCUCAGGAGGAAGAUGAGUCAAUUCAAACACUGAUUGCUACUGUCAAACACAAGGAAGAACUACCUACUAGUGUAGCAAAACAGUUUGCUAAAUACCAAUGGAAAGAAGAGCUCCUAUGGUAUGAGGAAAGAAUCUUUGUACCAGACAGCAAGGCUAUCAGACUUGAACUCCUAGAACAGUACCAUGACUCCCCCAUUGCUGGCCAUCAAGGGCAAGCACAUACUUUGGAACUCCUGUCAAGAGAUUAUUACUGGCCAGGAAUGAAAGCCCAAGUAAACAGAUAUGUGGAAUCAUGUGAAAACUGCCAAAGGAGUAAAGGCCACAAACAUACAGUCCCCAUAAGACCACUACCUAUUCCAAGCAGGCCCUGGGAGGAUAUUGCCUAUGACAUGAUAGUCAAACUCCCACUAUCCAAUGGAUAUGACAGUAUUCUAGUGGUAAUAGACUGCUUUUCAAAGCAGGCUCACUUUAUUCCUUGCAUAGAUAAAACCAAUGCUAAGGAAAUGGCUGAAAUCUUUAUCAAGGAAGUAUGGAAACUGCAUGGUACCCCUAGGACAACAAUCUCAGAUAGAGGCAGGGUAUUCAACAAGGAAUUCCAAAGGGCCUUAUAUGAGAAAUUGGGAAUAAAGCCUCUAUACUCUACUGCCUAUCACCCUGAGACAGAUGGCCUUGCAGAAAGAACAAACCAAUGGUUGGAGGGAUUCUUGCGCAGCUACUGCAACUAUGCACAAGAUGAUUGGGCAAAAUGGCUACCUAUAGCUGAGUUCUGUCACAACAAUCAAGUCAACUCUGCAACUGGCAAAUCAGCCUUUGAGACAGUGUAUGGGAUGCACCCAAGAUGGAAUAUUGCACCUACCACCUCCAAUGUACCACAUGCAGAAGACAUGACCAAACAAAUGGAACUAAUUUGGGAUGAAGUCAAGGCUUCCAUGGAGUUCCACAAAGCAAAGGAAAAGGCACCCAGACAGGAAUACAAAGUAGGAGAUAAAGUGUGGCUAAUGACCACCAAUAUCCAAACAAAGAGACCUGCAAAGAAACUGGACAACAGAAAAGCUGGACCCUUCACUAUCACUGAAAAGAUCUCAUCCCAUGCUUACAGACUAGACCUUCCUAACAACAUAAAAAUCCACAAUCUCUUCCAUCUCAAUCUCCUGGCUCCCUUCAAAGAGGACACUGACUUCCACAGAAGACAAGUGAAACCUCCUCCCAUUAUAACAGAAGAAGGAGAAGAGGAGUAUGAAGUGGAAAAGAUUGUGGCAUGGAAAAAGGACAAGGAGGGACUGAGAUAUCAGGUCAGAUGGAAAGGAUAUGAUGAGCUAGAGGAUACCAUGGAGAGGGCUGAAAAGAUUGCCCAACUGCCUGAGAUCAUGGAGAGAUUCAAAAAGGAGUUCCCUAAUGGGCCUCUACCUCCUGAAAUCAAAACCUUAGGAAAGAAAAAGAGGACAAUAAAGGGGAAACCUGCUUAUAUGAGCAUGGAACAGGGACAUCAGGAAGGAGUAGGAAUUACCCCUUCUGAACAGGCUGACCAACCAGAUAUGGAACCAUUUCAACUUGCUACUGCUAGGAUCCUAGACCCUAGGCAUGAGAAUCCAGGGAAUAACACACCCUUGGAGGACCCUGUUGCUAGGGAAAAGGAAACCCCUUUGGUAGAUGAGGCAACCAGGAAUAAGACAGUGAAGGAUUUUAUUGAAGACUUCUUUGCCAAAUUCCCUGAGGAGACUCAACCACCAAAAACUGAGGCAAACAAGAAAUGGAUUACUAAUGACCACCUUACAAGUACCCAAAAGGUCUAUGGAUUCUUAAUGGAACUAAUAAUGGGAGUCAAAAGGUUGGAGAAACAUAUUGACAACCAUCUAAAGAUGGAACAGGAAAUGCUGGAUCAUGGUAUUUCUCAGGAAGUAAUUGACCAAUUGGAUAAAGUACUUCCCUUGUCUGCCCUCUGGGAGGCCAAGAACAACAGUGAAUCCAAUUCCAACAAAUCAGGGUCUACUGAAAUCCAAUACAUCAUGCCUGCCAUCAGAACAGAGACCAGGAUCUCCAAGGCAACUGGGGAUGCCACCUCUUACCACCUUGACAGAUCCAGUGAGCACAGGACCAAGUUCCCUUGGUCCCAGGACAACCUGGAUCAAUGGGCACCCCCAGAUCCAUCCAUGGGCUGGGACAUGGGGAAUGAUCAACCCCCUAUCACCAACAUCUAUGACUGGCAUAAGGUCAUCACAAGAUGUGACUCUUUCCAACAAUCCAAGGCUUAUGCCAAACUACUUGAUCCCUAA